GUCUAGCUCCAGGUCGCCACCUAUGUGAAGGUACUACUUGCGGAGUUCUAUACCCUAGGUAUUGGCUAUAUAACAUGGCUUCCGCUCGAAACUACUAGUAUCCUCUCAGGUGCUUCUCUUACUUGUCCCAAGGCAUAUCCCAGUGCCAACUUGACUAGAAUAGAAAAAUGGAAGAGCCUUCACUACCGCCACCAAUCCGCCUCGUGUGCGUCGGCGCACACCGCACCCUAGCACUGCAACUCCUGGAACAGCUCAAGCCGCAUUACACUUACUGCGCCAUCCUGACCACGGUCGAGCCGACACGGACAUAUUCACCAGGGAAUUUGAAUUUGGUACUCGACGCACUGCACCCGGCUCCGGCGGGUGUCAUUGUGGGAGGAGCGUUUAGCGACGAAGAAGGCGAGGAAAUCGCCAAACUUGUAGCGACAAAGAAGACCGAGAGCGGAGCGCCGAUGGAAUUCAUCAAGGUCCCCACUGGUACAAUAGAGGGAGAGGGGCCUGCGGGUCUGCUAAGGAAAGUCAAGGAGUUAUUGUACGAGAAAUUUGGUCGCCAGUGCUGACAGCGGAUGCUCGCAUGAUGUAGCCUCAUAUAUUGCCAGAAAUGGUAAGAUGACGGAAGCAAAGGCUGCGAUGAGGAGGCCUCGUCCAGGAAACACCUUCACUGUCAUGCUUUUCUCGAC